GGUUUUCUGGAACGUAUGAAGCCGAAUACCGCGCGAUGGGGGAAAACGAUACGAGUGCUGCCAUCUACCGACGGCCGUGCGGACGAAGGACGGCGUGGUGGCAUCGAUUGGAUUGGUUUACGAAAAUCGCGUAUGGUUUUCUCGGUGGCGGGAGGAUCUCGGUCGAUUCCCGUUACAGAAGAUAUUAAAGAAAUGACAAAUAAUGUGGAUAUGGAACAAAUCAAGUCUCUUCGAGAAGAAGGAAAUAAAUUGUUUGCUUCCGGAAACUAUAACGAAGCGUUGGAAUGUUACACCAGAGCUCUCGGACUCAUUCCGGCUAAGGAUCCGGAAUCUGUCGUCUUUUACAAAAAUCGUGCGGCCGCUUACCUGAAGUUAAAAGAAUAUGAAAAAGCGUUAAAGGAUGCCGACGUCUCCGUGGAAUUGGCACCAACGGAUGUAAAAGCUCUGUUUCGACGAUGCCAAGCCCAUGAAAACCUGGAAAAAUAUGAUGAGGCGUUUAAAGAUGCACGGAUGAUUCACCAUUUGGAACCUCAUAAUAAUGCCAUUCAACCCGUUCUUCGUAGACUGGGUAUGAAAAUCCAGGAAAUUGCAAAAGAACAGUCUAGAACAGUAAAUAAAGUUAAAAAUAUGUUUAAUAUUUUACUUGACGAAAAUAUGAGUUCAGAAAAUAGAGCUCAAGCUGCAAACAACCUGAUCGUGUUGGCAAGAGAAAGAGCAGGUGCCGAAUUAAUUAUGAAAGAAGACGGAAUUCAAAAAUUGCUGAAACUAAUGAAACAGAAGAAUCCAGAAAUAAAUUUAGCUUGUGUUCGCAUUUUUAGUGAAUUGUGCAGGAAAGAGGAUAAGGUUUCAACAGUGCUGGAACAAGUCGGUCUUCCAUUUAUAAUGGAAAAUAUAAACUCACAAUCUCAGCAGUACAUAAAUGCCGUACAGUUUUGGAUUCAGGUUAUCAUCAACACUCUGAGCGGAAUGGACAUCAAAGAGGGGAAGAAACCUAACAAGCAACUGAUGAAAGAUAAUGAAAGCAAGAUUGACUCGAUCAUGAUGACUCUGGUCAAGCUGUCUGCCAGUCGUGUCAUGUCGGCGGAGGGAAGAGAUGCCAUCUUGGAACUGAUCACAAAGAAUGCAGACAUGGAUGCCUUGAAUUGGGGAAUGAAGUUGGUCGACAGCAAAGGUCUUUGGUCUCUUCUGGAGAUUGCCAGUGAACUGCCAGAGAUGAAAUAUGAAAGCUGCAUGAACAUAACUUCGGACACCAGAGCUCACGUGGCUGUGGCGCUGGAGAGAGUUUAUUGGUGCAUGGAUUAUGACAAAGCCAGAGAGAAGUACAGAGACCAGGUGAUGGAUUUCAUAAAAGAAAGGCUGAGUGGUCCCGACAUUGAAUCGAAAGUCAGAGCCACUGCUGUACUCACCUCUUUGCUACAGGGACCCCUGGACGUGGGUAACCACUGCAUAGGACAGAAGGGCAUUGUGGAGAUGAUGUUGGUCAUGGCUGGAACUGACGACCUUCUUCAACAGAAAGUGGCGGCAGAAGCCAUCAUUGCAGCAGCCUCCAAGAAAGACAAGUGCACCAGCAUCGUCUCCAUGGGCACAGGUAUCCUCAAGAAGCUGUACCAGUCCAAAAACGAUAACAUCAAAAUCCGCGCCUUGGUGGGUCUGUGCAAGCUGGGUUCCCUGGGUGGAACUGACGCCUCCCUUCGCCCCUUCGCCGAAGGUUCCAGUUUGAAAUUGGCCACCUGCUGUCGAAAGUUCCUGAUCAACCCAGCCAAAGACAGGGACAUCAGGAAGUGGGCAGCCGAGGGGCUCUCCUACCUGACGCUGGACGCCGAUGUCAAAGAGGACCUGAUUGAUGAUGCCCCUGCCAUUCGAGCCCUGAUUGAACUGGCCCAGACCGGCGACCUGUCUGUGCUGUACGGAGUGGUCACCACCUUCGUCAACCUAACCAACAGCUACGACAAACAGGAGAUUCUUCCGGAAUUGAUUGAACUGGCCAAGUUUGCCAAGCAGCACGUUCCCGAGGACCAUCCUCUGGAUGCCCGAGAACACGUGGAGAGAAGAAUACGGGUGUUGGCACAGUCGGGAGCGACUGCAGCUCUGGUCAGUCUGUCCAAGACAGAGAGCAAGAGCAGCCGAGAAAUGAUUUCCAGGGUGUUCAAUGCCAUCUGCGAAUUUAAGGAGUUGCGAGGCCUGGUUGUGCAGCAGGGUGGAACCAAGGCUCUGCUGAGUUUGGCCCUGGAAGGAACCCAGACGGGGAAGAAGGAGGCCGCCCAGGCACUGGCCAGGAUCGGCAUCACCAUUAAUCCCCAAGUGGCUUUUCCCGGCCAGAGGUGUUUGGAAGUGGUGAGACCUCUCAGGGACCUUCUCAACCCAGAGUGCUCUGGCCUGCAGAACUUCGAAGCCCUGUUGGCCCUGACCAAUCUGGCUCAAGCGGAUGAAGAUGUCAGGAAUCAGAUUGUCAAAGACCACGGGAUGUCCGAAGUCGACCAGUACAUGUACGAGACUCACGAGGAACUGAAGCGGGCGGCAGUCCAGUGUACUGCCAAUCUCAUCACCCAUCCGGAGGUGCGCAGACAGUACGAGUUUCCCAAUGACAGGGUCAAGUACCUGGUGCUGUUGUGCGAAGAUGACGAUCUGGACACAGCCAAGGCGGCAGCAGGGGCACUGGCUAUGUUGACAUCCAUCAGCAAGAAAUCGUGCAAGAGAGUCUUCGACACAAACUCCUGGCACCAGAUUGCCUGCAAGCUGGUGGCCAGCCAGGACAAGGAGCUGGUGCACAGGGGCGUGGUGCUGGUGGGCAACCUGAUAUCGGCCAGCAGACAAACGGCUGAGCGGGUGAUCGAGACCAACCUGCUGGAACUUUUGAUGGCCCUGACCCAACCUGUGGUGGAUGACGUGGAACCCCGGGUGAAGAAGUUGGCCGAGGAGGCGCUUAAGCGAGCAGAGGAAUGGAAACUCAUCAAGCCCAACCUGGGUGAAGAGGAAGAGGAAGCCGAAUCUGACUGAAUGUGUAUCAAUAAAGAGUUUAUUUUACCUGGUAAAAGUGGUCCUUUUUUUUUUUUAGGUGGAGGGAGGGCAAAAACUGCACUUC